UUCACGCCAAGCGGACGCGUAACGGCAACAAAUGCCAAACUACCCAUAGCAAUCAAAUACUAUCCACCGCCCACAAAACGCCACAAACUAUAUAAAAGACCACCGGGCAACAAUAGCGAGCAAGCCGAUUUACACAAGUUAAUUCCGCGACACGAGCAAAAGUAAUGUGAUAGCAGAUAGCAGCUAGUUCCGGAAUUUCCACAUCCUGCGUUUUCGUUUUCCAGCGUGUUUAUCGACGCGUGUGCGUGUGUUUGUGCGCAGGACAUAAAGCUCAGAUUUUUGUUGAUAUACGCAGUCCUUGCAAGGCCAUCCAACAGCUGGCAGUUCCUCAACUCGGUUAGGCGUAAAAACCAAAACAAUUUUUAUAAAAACAUUUUUUUAAUAUUUAUCAAAGCAACACAAAAGCCAACACAUUUUUGAAAUUUAUUAAAACCAAACGAAAUUGUUUUUGCUGCUUUUGAAAAGCAGCUCUUGAUUGAAAACGUGCCGAAAAGACAAAGCUAAAAAGAAGCAACAUGUCUUCCAUGGCAGCAUUUGAUCAGUUCAAAAUUGGCCUCAAAAUGGUUGACUUCAAGGUCCAACAGCGGCGCUACAGGACCAGCGAAAAGACUGUCGUCAGCACCACCUACGGACCCAUCAAGGGCGUCAAGCGGAAGUCCAUCUACGGCCAGUCGUACUUCAGCUUCGAGCGGAUCCCCUUCGCCAAGCCUCCGGUGGGUGAGCUCCGCUACAAGGCCCCCCAGCCCCCAGAGGUCUGGACGGAGGUCAAGAGCUGCACCUCCCAGGGCCCGAAGCCCCUCCAGAAGCACUUCGUCUUCGAGAUGACCGACGGCUCCGAAGACUGCCUCUACCUCAAUGUCUACACAAAGAACUUAUAUCCCACCAAACCCAUGCCUGUGAUGGUCUGGAUCUACGGAGGUGGCUUCCAGUUUGGCGAGGCAUCGCGAGAAUGCUACAGUCCAGAUUACUUGUUGCGCGAGGAUGUGGUGGUUAUUUCCAUCAACUACAGAUUGGGACCACUAGGAUUCCUCUGCAUGGACGAUCCAGAGCUUGAUGUUCCCGGCAAUGCUGGCUUAAAAGAUCAAGUGUUGGCUUUAAGAUGGGUGAAGGCCAACUGCUCCCGUUUUGGAGGAGACUCGGCGAACAUAACCAUUUUCGGGGACAGUGCCGGAAGUGCCUCGGUCCACUACAUGAUGAUCACGGAGCAGACACGCGGGCUUUUCCACAAGGCCAUCUGCAUGUCGGGAAACACGCUUUCCCCCUGGGCGGUGACUCCCCAGAGGAACUGGCCAUAUCGGUUGGCUGUCCAAGCUGGUUACACUGGGGAAAACAACACCCGGGAUGUGUGGGAGUUCCUGAAAAGUGCCAAGGGAUCAGAUAUAAUCAAGGCAAAUGGAGAGCUGUGCAUCGAUGAGGAGAAGAAGGAGCGGAUCGGCUUCUCCUUUGGCCCAGUUAUCGAGCCCUAUGUAACCAGCCACUGCGUGGUUCCCACGAAACCCAUCGAGAUGAUGCGCACCGCCUGGAGCAACAACAUCCCACUGAUCAUCGGAGGUGUUUCCAACGAGGGCCUGCUGCUGUACUCCGAGACCAAGUCGAAUCCCAAGUGUCUGAACGAGUUGGACGACUGCCGCUUCGUGGUUCCCAUUGAGUUGAACAUGGACAGGGAAAGUGCCCUUUGCCGGGAGUACGGCGACCAACUGAGGCAGUGCUACUACGGCGACAAAACGCCGAGUCUGGAAACUCUGCACGAAUACCUCCAGAUGGUUUCGCACGAGUACUUCUGGUUCCCGAUCUACCGCACAGUAUUGUCCCGCCUGCAGUACGCCGGCGGUGCGCCGACGUACCUGUACCGCUUCGACUUCGACUCGAAGCACUUCAACCACCUGCGCAUCCUGAGCUGCGGCAAGAAGGUGCGGGGCACGUGCCACGGCGACGACCUCUCCUACCUGUUCUACAACUCGCUGGCGCGGAAGCUGAAGAACCACACGCGGGAGUACAAGUGCAUCGAGCGGCUGGUGGGGCUGUGGACCCACUUCGCCGCGUGCGGGAACCCCAACUUCGAUCCCGAGCAGGAGGACCUCUGGCAGCCCGUCGAUCUGGCGGCCGUCGAGAAACACCAGCUGAAGUGCCUUAACAUAUCCGACGAGCUGAAGGUGAUCGACGUGCCCGAUCUCAGGAAGCUGAUGGUCUGGGAGAGUUUCUUCCGGCGCGACGAACUGCUGUAGGGAUCUGCUGGAUCUAGAUCCCUAGCUUUACUUGUACAAGGGUGGGCCAUAGUUUAGUUGGACUAAAAUUUGUAGGAGCAAGCCAAAGCGAUGCUUGUUCAAAAUAUCAAGUCUUCGAAUUUCGAAAACUAUAGGGGGUACCCCUGAUUUUACACCACCGUUGGAACUGGUUAAAAAUUGCAGAGAGAUUUAAUUACUGUUUUGGCAUUCAAAGUAAGCCCACCCGAAAUCUUACUGUCCUGAAAGCUUUACGUUGAAGAGCCUGUUUUAAACAAUGCAAAGCAUAGCUUUAGACCUGAAAUCGAGAGCGUUUACAGUUGUUAAGUUUGUCAAGGAGGAGAGUCUAGGUGUGUUAAAGUUCAUCCGCUUUUGUCUAUAUCUCGUCGGAUGGAAUCUGCAGCUUAAGCAGGCUGUUUUUUAUGUAGCUACGACCCAUAACUGAUGGGUGUGAAACAAGUCGCAACUGAAGUACCUUCUAUGUGAAACUACCAAACCAACUAAAACAAACUAAGCACGACAUCCAAGGAAUCUGAUCUAAGAACUAAUGUUUAACGUUCCUUUAAGUCUCGCUGAUAUUUUUUAAAGAGCCAACUAAUAUCAAACGUAUUUAUACUUAUUCGAGAUCGUUUUAAGUCGUCAGCACAAACUUAUGUUAAGAGUUCCAUUCUUUUUCUUCCAUUAACUACGCACACAUCUACACCAAGGAAUUUUCCGUAUGUGUUUUACAAAAUAUAAAGCUAACUGAGACAACUAGUUAACCGUAACCAAUUUAUUUAUAUUCUUAGCCUAAGUCUUUUUAGAUAUUUAGCCUUUUGUAUGCAUAGGUUGUUUUUGGUAAAAUGUUAUUUUGAACAAACAGAAAACCUGUCCAAGUUUUACAUCAUUUUUAGAAUAUGAAAAAGAAAAUAAAACAAAAAGAAAACUAUUUA